AUGAAUUCGGAAGGCAGCAUGGAAGGAUCGUCGGCGGACGACAAGACUCCGCGCGGGCGCAACGUGGCCCACGCGCGCGGGGCCAACAUGGGCGGAACGUUCCCCAUGCGUAGCCCGGGGAAGGCGGGGGCAGGCGGAGGGCAACAGCAGCACCAACACCGGGAUAAGAAAGGGCAUCAUCAUUACCACCAUUCUAAACAUAAUCUAGGCACGCUGCAGAAGCUGCUACCUUGGAUAACCAUCGGGUUACUCUCCCUCAUCGCCCUCGUCCUGCUGGGCUCCGCACUUUUCCCAGGCUACAUCUUCAUGUGUCCAGAGACCAUUAAGCGGUUACCAGAGCACUGUGUGAAGCUCGAGAGCGACCCCGUGCAGCACGACUGGGUCUCCGCCGUCCUCCCCUUUGACUGCUUCCAAGCGCCCCAGUCCUCCCCUGUCAUCGCCCACCGGGUGGACGACGUCAAGUAUGACUUCUUUUUAUCGUUGCUGGACUUUGGAACGAGGAGACGGCCGAAUAGGAAUAUGGUUCGGCUGAUGGAGGACCGGCCGUUCCUGAAGCCGGAGCUCGCUGUGGCCAUGCAGUCGGUACUCGAAAUGCUUAUUGAGGCCAAGGCCGUUCGCCCCGACUCCCUAGUCAUUGACGCGGGGGCGGGCAUAGGGGGAGCAGCCUUUGCAGCAGCAGCUAUGGGUGUGCGCGUGUUGGCGCUCGACCCUGUGCUGGCGAACGUGCUCAAGAUGUGCGACGCGGUGCAUUUGAACCGUGUGUCGAAGCGCGUGAAACUUCACCUGGCUGCUGUCUCGGACAGCGUGGGCAACAUCACCAUUCACAAUAUCCUAUCCAAUCUUGAGCACAGUGCAGUGACAGCAGCAGUGCUUACCCUCGCAUCAAAAGAUGCCCCUGUCAUUCCCACCACAGUGGAAUCCCUCCCUAUAGACUCCCUCGUUUUACCAGACCAGCAUGUAGCUGUACUGAAGGUGACUGUACAGGGAUGGGAGCUGCAUGCAUUUAGGGGUGCUGCUGGGUUGCUCAGCCGCCCGCCAAAGGAGGCACCGUUUGUCCUUUAUGAAGAAGACAGGAUGUUGUUGCGGGCUGGGAACACGACGCCGGCUGCUGUGAGGGGGUUUCUGGCGGGUAGCAUACUCUAA